CACUUCUAUUCUAAUUGAUGUCCUAAUAACCCGGUGACUGUUUGGUACUUUUACUAGACACUCUUCCGUUACAUACGACGGCAACUUCAAUACGUAACGACUUGGGUGGGGAGUAGAGCGGCGAUAUAUAGCUCAGUAAUUACAGGAGCUCAGCAGAUCACAACCACUGCCCGCAAUGAACACGAUAACCUUAAUUUUGAGUAUCUGUUUUGCCUUUGCGGUUGGACAUGUUGCGCAAAGCGAAACAAGAGUGAAGCGAGGGUUCGAAUUCGGUGGAGAAGAGGAGGAACACGAUCAUUUGGACUUGGGUGGGCACGACUUCGGUGGUGGAUUCGGCUUCGGCGGCGGGUAUGGCGGUGGAUUUAGCGGUGGCUUCUUGCAUCACCACGAGCCGCAUUUCCACGAGAGUACCAAAGUGAUUCCCGUCCACAGGACGUUGAAGGUGCCUGUAGCUCACCCGAUUCAUCACGAGAUCAAGGUCCCCGUGCCAUACAAGGUACUUGAGCCAUACCACAUCAAGAUCCCGGUCCCUGUCAAGGUCGAGAAGGAAGUCCGCGUCCCCGUGGAGAAGAUUGUCGAGUACCCCGUAGAGAAACUGGUUCCGUACAAAGUGGUGAAGAAGGUACCAUACCCAGUUGAAAAGCCGUACCCAGUGCCCGUUCCCGUGUACAAACUCAAACUGGUUCAUCACUCGAAGAAAAUUCACCAUUGGUGAUUACUUACGCUGGCCAUAAAAAAAAAAUGUGUGUAAAUGUAAAAAAUAUGUUUGUCUAAUAUUGUAAACUGUUUGUAUAUAUAAUAAUCACUGUGAUGUUCAUUUUAUAAUAAAUAUUUUUUUUUUAAAUAAGUUU